AUGACAGCAGACGACAAUGCCGGGAGGCCUCCCGCGAUUCUGGCGGCAGCACGCAGUCCUUCAGGGCGGGAGCUGAGUAUUUCCUUAAGGGCUGGAGUCACUGAUGAGAAGGACUCUGAGGUUCAGCCCGGAUUAGUGGGAGCGCCACAACUGACUAGGAUACCUGCUGUGGCCUGUGGGCAAAGGACAGCAUCCCUGCUGGGCUCUCAUUACUUAGAGCCCUCUGUAAAUGUACCUUUCAAUGGCUGUGAUGCCAGCCCUCCAGCAAAUUUUCUUCCAUUUGUAUGUGAUGGUUGUUCAGGAAUAUUUUGCCUUGAGCACAGAAGCAGAGAGUCGCACAGCUGUCCUGAGGUGACUGCAGUCAAGGAGAGAUUGAAGUCAGAUACGCAGGCGUCUUAUCCAUGCUCAUUUAAGGACUGUACUGAGAAAGAGCUUGUACCAGUUAUCUGUCCUUAUUGUGAGAAGAACUUUUGCCUGAGACACCGUCAUCAGUCAGAUCAUGAAUGUGAAAAACUGGAGCUCCCUAAGCCUCGUAUGGCUGCCACUCAGAAACUCGUUAAAGACAUUAUUGAUUCCAAGACAGGAGAGACAGCAAGUAAGCGACGGAAGGGUGCAAAAAAUAGUGCAACAGCUGCAAAGGUAGCACUGAUGAAAUUAAAGAUGCAUGCUGAUGGAGACAAGUCAUUGCCACAGGCAGAAAGAAUCUACUUGCAGGUUUUCUUACCCAAGGGGAGCAAAGAGAAGAGCAAACCCAUGUUCUUCUCUCACCGAUGGAGCAUUGGGAAGGUCAUUGACUUUGCAGCUUCUCUAGCCAGUCUCAGAAAUGACAAUAACAAAUCCACAGCCAAGAAGUUAAGGUUGUGUCACGUGACCUCGGGAGAAGCGCUACCCUUGGACCACACACUGGAAGCCUGGAUCACCAAGGAAGACUGUCCUUUAUACAAUGGCGGGAAUGCUGUCUUGGAAUACCUUAGUGAGGAAGACCAGUUUUUAAAGAAUGUUGACUCUUACUUGGAAUAGUCAUUCAAGGAUUCAGUCCAGGAAUCAUGAGGAAAAUUCUAUGUUAAGUCAGUUUCUUUUACUACAAGUACUGUACAUUUUUUUAUUUUUAAAAGUUGCUGUAGUGGUUGAGCAUUGACCUAGGAUCCAGGAGACUGCAGUUCGAUU